UUAGCUCAUGUCAUAAUGAUGACGGUUGACGGAGCGGAGAAUCUCGAUGAGAACUCGGUAUACGAGCAGCUUGCUGCGAUACGAUCCGCUUUUGAGGACUUAAUUGACAGAUAUGGGUACAGUGCGAUUGAGGUCACAAUGAACAAAGUUGUGAGUGUGUUGGAACAGUUUGAAGCCCUCACUUCCUCUAAAAGACAAUCACGGUUGAGGAUUGUGAACGCCGAACUGGCUUUAGAAGAAGAGAGAGAAGCACACAUGCACCAACAACAGUUGUCUCACUGUCGUGUUCAGGAGCUGCAGGCACAGAAUACAAGACUUAUGGAGGAAAAUGGGCGUUUGUUGGGAGAAUUACAGUCAAGCACUAUUCAGCUGUCAGACGUAAAUUUACUGAAGGUUCGGGAGAAAGAGAAGAAAGAGAGCGAUAGCGAGGUGCUUAAUAAACUAAACGAUGUGAUAUCAGUACAGACAACCACACUACAUGAACUACGAGAAGAGUACGAGGAACUCAACAUGCACAGCAGCAAGCAGUCAGCACUGAUCCUCAAGCUAAAAGCGGGGCUACAGGAUAGUGUGCACUCUCAGAAAGUGCUACAAGCGAGGAAUGAUACUCUGUGUAACGAGCUAGCUACUCUUGAGGCACAGCUUGCUGUUCAUGAGUUAAAUCACCCGGAGUCAGAUGACGUUACCCGGCCCAGAUCAGAUUCUUACACACAGUCAGAUGACAGAAGCAGCUGGGACUCACUCGAAGAGACGAGAACUGCCAAACACGAGGACAUGCAGGAGGAUAAGGACAUACAGAGAGCUAAAUCUGAUUACAAACGGUCCGCUGCUCAGGUUAUUCGAGAAGUGUUGUCCAGUUACAGUCCGACAGUCCGGAGACGCAAGGUUAACAAAUGUACAUGUGAACAGAACGGGUACAAAUUCACUGUCGAGGAAAUGACUCUUCUCAUUAAUGAGAGGAACAUAGCUAAAGAGAAACUUGUAGCGGUAGAAGAAGAUCUUACAUACUUCCGUGAACGUGAUGGAGUCGAGGAGAUGACGGACGAGGGGUUUGCCAUCCUGGACCCCCCACGAGCUUCCACCACUGGUACCAUUACUAGGACUCUCUUUCAGAGGGUAUCACGCAGCGAACAGGACACGUAGAGUCACAUUACCUCACGAUCGAGGUUUUCAUGACAAAUUGACAUCGCGAGGUUGUCAUGACGUCACGAUAUUGUCAUGACGUUACGAUAUUGUCAUGAAAUCGCGAGGUUGUCAUGACAUCGCGAGGUUUUCAUGACGUCACGAUAUUGUCAUGACGUUACGAUAUUGUCAUGAAAUCGCGAGGUUGUCAUGACAUCGCGAGGUUGUCAUGACGUCACGAUAUUGUCAUGACAUCGCGAGGUUGUCAUGACGUUACGAUAUUGUCAUGACGUCACGAGUUUGUCAUGACGUCAGGAGGUUGUCAUGACGUCACGAGGUUGUCAUGACGUCACGAGGUUGUCAAGAGGUUUUGACGAUGUAACGCCACUUUAUAAUGGAUGCUGAUAAUAUCAUGAAUUUUAACCGGGGAAUCACUACCAUGACACUUCACAUUAUUUUAGUGUAUAUGAGACUAUGACGUCAUACGAUUAUUUGUAAUAAAAUUGGCAUCAUUUGAUAUUCGUGCAGGGUGGGCGUGAAGUCAUUUUGAUGAAAUUUAAAUUAAACAUGAUUCGACACUAUUCGAUGACCCAGUAGAGGAAUCUACGAAUCUCUCCAAAGUAUCCAAAGUAAGACACUGUUUUUGCUAUAAGUAAUAAGUACAUAAUAGAUGGGUUAUAACUGAAGACUAUUUACACAUGUAUUUUGAAAGCUCCUGCUAAAACAAACUUUUCGUAUCUCUUAUAUUUUUUUUUAAAUCCCCCUCCUGGGUUAUAAUUUAAAGUGAAGAAGUAUUUUAAUAGGGAGAACAAAUAUUGCUAGAGUUAAACGUUGUUAAAUUGUUUUAAGUUUUUGAUGAAUGACGCUGCAUUCCUGAAAAUCUAAAUUUUGAUCUUAUAAUAAGAAGAUAUUUUAAUCUAUAAAUAGUGUUUAUGGCUAUUUUUUGUCUAAUAUAAUAAUGAAAUGAUUUCACUGAUUUAUAUGUACCCGCGAUUUUUACUUUUGGCGG